UAGGAGAAGAACCUUCAGUUGAAGUAAUAUUAUAGUACUAGCUAAAGAUGUGGUCAUCACAUAUAUUAUUACAGUAGCCAGUGAAGAUGCCACAGCAUAAUGUCUCUGCCCUGCUCUGGUGCUGGCGCAAGAACAGAGAAAACAUGGUGAGCGGCUGCCAUGCAACUGAAAGUACACAAUUGUUUUUAACUGCAAGUACACAUCAUUGAGUUGUCCCCGGUAUAUACCCUCUCCUCCCUUAUGCUAGGAUGAUUAAAAUACACUAGUAAAUACAGCUAGGAAUCAACAGACGGACCGUGCACGUAUGGCCGGGUAUCUAAACGGCUCCAGUUGCAAGAGCUCUCUGCACUGCACAUGUGUGUUCGGUGUUCGUUCACUGGUGUAUAAAUACAGGGCGGCAACGGUCUAGCCAACCCACCUCAUCACUCACUCACUCAGCUCCAGAGCGAUCGGUCGCCUCUCUUGAGCUCCCGCGCCGUAGUCAUCAUCGCCAUGGCUAAGGAAGAAGAGCUCAAGAGAGUUGAUUUGAAGGUGAACGUGAGCUGCUGCGACGGCUGCAGGAGGAAGGUGAUGAAGGCCAUGAACCUCAAGGGCGUGCUGAGGACGGAGAUCCACCCGUCGCUCGACCGGGUCACCGUCGUCGGCAACGUCGACACCAAGGUGCUCGUCAAGAAGCUCGCCAAGGUCGGCAAGAUCGCCGAGGUGGUGGAGGCGGCGGUGCCCGAGCAGCAGAAGAAGCGCGAGGGCGAUGGUGGGAAGGACCGCGACGGUGGCGACUGGACGG